AAAUAUCAUUUUAAUACAUAGGCAGAGCAGUGAGCUACUUGGUGUUCUGGGGCAGAGGUUUAACAAGGACUUGAAGAAGAUGUUCUUCAAGAACACGAGCAUCGAGAUCAGCACUGAAGCUCAAGCUUUAUCCGGGCUCAUGCAGUUUCUACACAACUCCAAGGUUCACUUGUUUAUUAGUUCCCUUGAAACUGUUUCUGUUCUGAACGAGAAGAUCGGGACAGACUGGGUUAAUGAGAACAUCAAGGGUGUAACAACACUGCAGGAGUUCUUAAACGCCCACAACCUGGCAGAGCUGGGGGUCAAACACUCUGAGCUGGAGGAGAUCGUCAACAAGAAUGUGAAACCUGUUCAUAUUUUGAAACUAGACAACUGUCAGGAGGCGACUCAUCACAUGUUUCAGUUUACAACCUGGGUUUACAAGACCCACAACGUGAACAAACCAUAUCAUCAUUUUAUCUUGGAGAACUCUGAACCUCUAACCUUCCUCCAGUCCUCCAGUUUAAACAUUCAACCUCUGUGUAUUGAUGAGAGGACACUUAAAACUAUCGAGAUAAAAUCUAGCUAUCAGAGCAGUAUAAGAACUCAGAUAAAGCUGGAGUAUAUUGAGAUCCAAGUGAUUGAAGACAGCGAUGAUAAUGAGAUGAAUGAGGGUCAUCAUGGAGGAAACAGGAACCAGAGAAAGAUGGAAGUUAAAUUAAUCAAUCAAGUACAGGAGUAUGUUGAAGAAGAUGAAGAUUAUAAGAAGGAACAUCUUGAAAAAGUCCAAACUCCUGUGAUUGAUCUCUGUGAAAACUCCUCUGAGCCCAGAAUUCUGGAUCAAACUAGUACAGCUCUUGUUGACACUUCUUUCAGUCCAGCACAGCAUUUACAGUCAGUGGUCGGUCCUGAUCAGGUUCAUGAGGGUACUCAAACAACAAAUACAAUUGAAAAAAUCGCAGAAUCUUUGACAUCUGAUUCAUUUAUUGCUCAGAAGUCGGAUGAACAGAAAACAUCUUUGAUGAUAGAUGAGACUAUUGCUGCAUCUGAGAUAGAUAGUGAACCAUUGAUAGCGGAGAAUGUCGGAUCUGUUGGCACAAGAGAAGAUAUUGUUGAACCUGCUUAUGUAAAUCAUGAACCAAUAACAGAAGAAAUAACUAUAUUAAUGGAAGCUAUAGAUAAACCAAUAAAAGAUCAAGAGCCAGGCAAACUAAAUUCCUUCGAUGAGUUGAUAAUCAAUGAGGAUUUGGAUGUUGUGUUUGAAGAACAAAGAACAGUUAGAAACGUUCCUGAGGACUUAGAUGUUGAAUUUGAAGAACAGAGAACUGUGAGAAACAAUGAUAAUAAAUUACCACAACAGAUUCGUUCAAAUUUAACGGAGAACAAACAGGAUCUAGAUACAGCAAAGCUGAAAGAUGGCCAGAAUAAGAAGAAUGUAGAUGAAUGCGUUGAAAAUGAUGACAGCCUUUUUAUUAAUAUAUCGACAACUCCGACCUUGAAAUGCACUGAUUUUGCAAGAACAAACUUUCUGAAAAGUAAGGAAAAUAUCAUGAAGGAUUCGUAUUUACCCCCGAUAAAUAAUACUGAACUCUGCCAAGAUAAGGAGAAUAACGAGAAUAAGGAGAAUGAGAAUGAUAUUCAAGAGAAGCAGAAUUCCAAAAUAUCGGAUAAUUUUAGAAUCCCGGAUUUUCCCAAACUUCCAGUUAGUGGGAGCAGUAACGAAGCCUACGAUUUCGAUGAAUUCUUUCCCAAGACAACUGUCCCAGAUGUUCCAGCUAGUGAGAAAAGAAACGUAACCCAAGAUUUUGAUAACAUCUUUUCUAAGUCAUCUUUGUUAGGCACUAAGAUAGAUGUCCGUAUAACUCGUAACAAGGAUAUUCUAGCCGAUAAAGGUUGGUGCGACGUAACACGCCUGGAAAAGCAUCAAAACUAUUGGCUCUGCAAAGUGGCCGAUUUGCCGAAAAACUGUCGACACGUAAGGUAUACUACAAACUUCAAUGUUCCAAGUUCAUUGUUCUCUCCAGUGCUCCAUGUCCAUAGUGAAGGAACCAGUUUUAUCCUGAUUAAGAUUGGAUUGGAGAAGCGUGUAGUCUGCGAACCAGUCCAUAUGCAGCAGAAGGAGUUUGAUCCUAAGGUGGAUCUCCUGUUUAACUUCUGGAGCAUGUGGAAUUCUGAAAACCAUCUGAAUCUUUCAGUAUCUACUGAUCUAGGGGGAAUUAUGAAGAAAAUAAAUCCACAGGAUAUAGCAUCUAAUGAUAAUGGAUUUAAGGAUGUAGGAUCUAUUAAUGAUAAUGGAUCUAAUGAUAAUGGAUGCUACAUGAAGGAAACCUAUCCACAUGCUACGUGUCGAGAUUGUUCAUGGACUCACAACCUGCUGGACUGGAAAAGGAAAAAGUUUAAAAAAGAAAACAAAUUCCUAAAAGAGUUUGCUUGUCCAACCUGCCCUAGGUUCCCUGUAAAGUGUGUUGAUUAUGACCCUAAAAGAAGACUAUAUCUGGGAAAGAUUGAAGCUAGUAUGCCGAACAAUGUCCAGACAGUCUGGGUCAGCUCACCCUGUUUUAGGGAAGUUAACAUCAAGAGGGGAAGUUGUGUCAUUCCUGAUUCAGCGGGCCAUCUUAUCUUAGUUCAGAAUGAUAAGAUAUCUAAGAAGGAUAAUACUCCUAAGACAUGUUUCAAUAUAGGAGAUAUUAUUGGGGAAUGUCAGAUUAUGUGUAUUCAAAAGCACCUUAAACACGAAACUUACGCUGUCAUCAAUCAAAUUUGUCACUGGAAGAGAUCUGUAGAAGCUGUAGAAAAAAUGAAAACUAGGUCGGGAAACUCUUUCCAGCCCCAAGUUUUCUUCAUAGACAACAAUCCCAGCCAGCCAUCAGACGUACAUAUUCAUUUCAAUUCCAGCUUUGACCACAAAUCCUCUAAAAGUAAAUAUACUUGGCAUAGCAAAGCAUAUGAUAAGUUUGUGAAGUAUGCCACCAUGAAGCCAUUGCUAGAAAAUCUAUCAAAAGGAACGAGAACGAACACUAUUCAGAAGCUAGAGUCAUCGAGAUCUAGACGAACUGUGUUUCAUUCUGAAGAUGAUACAGAAGAUAACUACAGGAAAUCUUCAUAUUCACUUCAAAGUAAUCUUGAGGAGAGAAGAAACAGUUCUAUUGAGAUGUAUUCUGAAAAGAAACAAUCAUUGCAAUGGCUCGGAGGAAAAACAAUGUUACAUAACAAUGAAACUCCAGAGAAGUUGAAAGACAUAUCUGAAAAAAACAUAAAGGGAAAGGUUGAAAAAAGCAAGAACGACUCAAAUCCCAAAAAUAAAUCAGUUUCUCUGAAACCAAUUGCCAUCAACAUGAUCUCUUUAGAGGACAUACGACAGAAGUCUAAAAAGAUUGAGGAAGAAGUUGUGCAGAAGAAAAAGAUGAAGCGAAAAGAAGAAUGCGAUGAAUCAGAUGCCUUAAAAAAGUUUGAAGAGAAGAGAAGAACGAAGAAAAACAAAGAAAAGGACAAUGUUGCGAAAGAUGAAAGUGUCACAAAGGAUAUCGAUAUUAAAAAAUCGAAAAAAAAGAAAACAGCCGAAAAUUUUCCCACAGAAUUCCCGGAAAAAGAAGUCAAGAAGGAAAAGAAGAGGAAAUCAGUGGUGAAGAACGAUUGUCAAUUAUCUGAGUCUGCAGAGAAGAUGACUGAAGUUAAAGCUAAAUCUACUAAGACUAAGAAGAAGAAAAAGACUGAAAUGGAAACCCUACUAAAUACUUCUUCUGAAUCCAAGAAGAAGAAAGCUGAAGAGGAACAUUUAAUGCCUGAUACUCCUAAAACCAAGAAGAAAAAGAAGACUGAACAAGAAAAUUCUGUAAUUGAAACUCCUGAAUCAAAGAAAAAGAACGAACAGGAGAAUUAGAGGGAUGCUAGUCAAGACGUCAA